CCGAGAGGGUCACGGAUUGUGAACGUACAUUUUUUUUUUUUUUCGGGCUCGUUUCGAUGUAUCAGUGAAGAUCCUCGUUGAUCCUUGUCAUUGAGGAGUUGACCGAGGUGCCAGUGGUAGUACAGAAGUGCAGGAGGACCAGAGUGCAUUUGAGAGCAGGAAAAUAAAAAAAGAAGAAGAAAAGUACGGCAAAAAAAAAAGUAAUAAUAAUAGAAGGAAAACGAAGAAUAGGUCGAUCGCGGUGUAGUGGAAGGAAGGAAGGAAAAAAUGGGGAAAAGGAUGCCGAGGCUAGCAGGACUAUUGGUGGUUUUAUCGGCGGUGGCCGUAAGUACGGUCGCGAGUUUCGACCUUGGGCCGAUCUUGAGGCUCGGCCAGUGCAGAUCCCAGUGCCUCAAGUCGCACAGCCUCGAUGGCUAUUGCGAGUGGUGGAGGCGCGGAGAGACCGGCUGCAAUGAAUGCUGGCAGCACUGCGAGCUCCUCGAGAAGAAGUUCAACAGCGCCGGCGAUUGGGAGUCCGUGCAACAGGCGGUCACCGACAGCUACUCCGACUGCAACGACAGCAAGUACAAGCAGUGCCCAUCCUGCAAGACGGCCUGCGAUUACUGGAAGUUCCAAGUGGUCGAGGAGUACUUGCCGUCGAUGCUGCCAGCCCCGAGGCGAGCGCCCAUCAGCCUCGACAAGACGGACGUGGCCAUCAUCAUGCACAAGACGAACAAGCAGUGGCGUCUCUUUGGCUACUACCCGGGUGAACGGGCCCCCAGCACCCUGCGCAGCAACGAGUGGCUGCUCGCCGUAUCCACCGACAACGUCGUGUCCCACUACAGCUGGGAGGAAUGGUACCCGAGCCUCGACGCCCUCAAACCCGGGCCCCUCUACGAGGCCACCAUAUCCUGGCGCGACAUAGCCACCCAACUGAAGCGCCAGCAGGCCCUCGAGCAGAAGCGCUUCAACGACCGGGUGAGGCAGUACUUCCUCGAGCGCUACGGGGAAAAAGUGCUGGAGCGCAGGAACCAGGAUGAGGAGCAGGAGAUACCGGAAGAGGUGUUCAGGCGCUUCUUCUUCCGUAGGAGCGAGCCAGAACCUAUCGGCCACGGGACGAUCGACGAGUUCUCCGAGCCCGCCACCAUGAACUCCGAGGACGAAGACAGACACGGCCAGGUGGCCGAGGAAUCGUUCGUCGUCUCCUGGGAACCGGAGACCGGUGGCUUGAUGGGCAACCAGGUGGCCGACUCCAACUUAGCCCAGAUUAGUCUCCUGCCCGGGGUCAAGUAUUGGGUGAGGAUCGCGUCCAACGAAGGCCCCGGCAGCUUUCCCAUCGAGGUGGACACGAGCUCGGGUGUCAUCAAGAUGCACAGGAUUAAAAAAAAACUCGACAACGUGUACCCCUGGGCCUUUCUCGCAGCGGCGCUGAGCGCGGCCAUCGUCAUCUGCAUCAUCGUCAUUGUCAAACUGUGCAAGAGGAGUAGCACCAAGACCGUCCAGCCCGAGGAGGAGGUAUGAUGGAGAUGAGAGUGCCAGCGGAAGCAGAAGCGGAUUAUUAUCGUCGCUGCGACUGCUGCUGUUGUUCUCGUUUUCCUCGGGGCUUUGGAAAUUAGACGACCCUAAGAUGGAUCAGGUUCGUGCGCUAGAACGAACGGGUGGCAGGUAUGAUACAUACACACAUACAUGUACGGAAGAAAGGAAAAUUUGGAAAACAGCUGGUGGCAAGAGGAGGAGUGCAGGACGACGACGGACACUCUGCUAAGUGAUAAUGGUGAUUCAGCGCUCCCCUGCAUCGGUCGACAGGCCGAGUUUUUGAGUGAUUCGUCAUUUGGUGGAGCUCGGAUUCUUUUUUUUUUUUUUUUUUUCCAGUGUUUUCUUUUCUUUCUUGUGUCGUUCGAAGAUUGGUGCUUCGUUGUAAGUGUAUGUGUGUGGAGUAUCAGCGUGUUCGCGUAACUCAAAGGGCCAGUCUUAUUGUCAUUAUCGUAUGUAUACGUAGACCAAUGAAGUACGAUUCUCUCGAAGCAGAGAAUUUAUCGAGAUUCGACUUGUAUCUAUAUUAGUUGUAAGAGGACGCAUAGGAUAAUCGAAAUGUAAUUUUUUUUUUUUCGUUUUUUUUCGAUGCUAUUAGGACAAUAGAUUCAACAGCAUCGGUUGUAAAUAGUUGAUAGGUAUAUUUUUUUCAUUUACGUAAUGAUAGCCAAUGUAUAGGACACGUGUUACAGUUUCACCAAAUUGCCAUAAUGAUUCCGAAAGGCGUUUCGCAAGGACUCUCGCGACAAAACUUUUUCUUUUUUUUUUUUUUUUUUAAUUUCCAAAUUGUGAUUACUUUCAAUGUCAAUUUUGUAAUUUACCCUAAUAUGUUUCAGAUUUACGAGGUGCGUCCUUGCGAGAUGAUUUUAUUUUCUCUCAUUCUCUGUGCACCACAACUUAUAUUAUAUCGCACGCGCACAUGUGCACUGAUGGAGAGGAUUUAUAGUAUAUGAAAUAGGGGAUUCAUCUUUAUUUAUGUCAAUAAUAGGACACAUUCAUUAACAUUGUUCUCGCGAUCGAUCUGUCAAAAUUCGUCGUCAUUAACUUGCUAAAAUGUCGUGGUUACGGAUGCAUUCCUAUGAAAUGUAAUGAAAUACUGCUUUUAUCGAAAUUCAUAUCCAUCGCGUACAAUUGAAAUCCUUUCCAUCAGCGUUACAAUACUCAUGAUACACAUACAGCAUAACAAAUUGUUCACAGUUAGUUCCGUACUCUGAUCAAUUUUACUUUGUUUUCUCUGUAACUCCCUUUUUGUAUGAUACUUUUGUAAUUAAUAAUUAUCGACCGUGCGACUUGCUCAAGCUGCAACGAACAGACUGUACGAGAGUUCCUAUUGGUAAGGAGAGCGCCAAGCGACUCAUAUUGACUGGUGUCGCGCGCCAAAACGAUUGUAUUUAUUUGUAAAUAGUAUGAAAAAAAUAAAAUAAAAUAACAUAUUGAG